AUGGGUUGCAAGCUUGAAUUGUUACUCACACUAGCACUCUCACUUGGUACUCUCUGUAUUUCACAUGCUGGGGAUGCAGACAUUCUUUCUGAUUUCAUUGUCCCAAUGAACACCACCAUUAUUGAUGGCAACUUUUUCACCUUCACUGGCAUGAGAGUUCUUCUAGGGGGAGAUUUUCCGACAACUUUCAAGGUUUUGAAAGCAAGCAUGGCUGAAUUCCCGGCUCUUAACGGUCAAAGUGUUUCUUAUGCAGUUCUUCAGUACCCUGCUGGCUCUGUCAAUCCACCUCACACCCAUCCUCGUGCAUCUGAGCUCUUGUUUCUCCUCAAUGGCAACCUUCAAGUGGGGUUUGUCGACACCACUAACAAGCUCUUUACUCAGACACUCCAGGCUGGUGACAUCUUUGUGUUUCCCAAGGGACUUAUUCACUACCAAUACAACUAUGAUGAAAAAAACUCCGCCAUUGCAGUAUCUGCAUUUGGCAGUGCAAGUGCUGGAACCGCAUCAAUUCCUAGUUCCGUCUUCAAUACCAGCAUUGAUAGUGGGAUACUUGCAAAGUCUUUCAAAACUGAUGUUGAAACUAUUCAGAAAAUCAAAUCUGGCUUUGUAGCCUAGGCCUGAGCCAGAAGGGCAUUACUAGUUCAAAAAAUGUCAGCAUUCUGGGUUUUUUUUUUUUUUUUUAAUAAAUUUUAUGUAUUAUUUGUUUCGUGAAUAAUUUCCUUUAUCAAUUGAAGGAUAUCAAUCAAUGGCUGUUUUUGCAAGAAUUUUCUUCAGGUGUUAUUUUUGGGAAGAAAUUAAAUCUGUUACAUGCCAGAAACUAUAAAUCGCGCACGAUAGGAUUUAGGCAAACCUGUUCCAAACUCACUUUGUUGCCAUCCAUACGUAUUGAUUUUGGGCUUCAUAUAAGAUCCCUAGUGUAUAAUAGCCUUGG